AUGACUGUGAUCUGCGUCCUCAUCUGGACUCUCCUCUGCUGCUGCUUCACAGGUAAAGUCCAGAGAAUCCAACUCCUCUCCUCCAUGAACAUCCGUCCCUCUGAAAUGAAGCCCACAAAACCAUGACGCUGCUUUCUGUCUUUGUCUCUGUGUCCUCAGAGUCCAGAGGACAGGUCACAGUGACUCAGCCUGCAGCUGUGACCUCUGCUCCAGGAGGAACCGUCACCAUCUCAUGUAGGACCAGUCAGAAUGUGCAUGUUUAUAGCAGCUAUCACCUUUUAUCCUGGUACCAACAGAGGGAUGGAGAAACUCCUAAACUGCUCAUUUAUGGUGCGAAUAGUCGACUAUCAGGGACAUCGAGUCGUUUUUCAGGCAGUGGAUCAGGAUCUAGUUUCACUCUGACCAUCAGUGGAGUCCAGACUGAAGAUGCAGCAGUUUAUUACUGUCAGAGUGAACACUACAUCAAUAGUCAGCAUGUGUUCACACAGUGA